GGAAGGCGGGGGAAGGCGGCCCCGGCGGCGGGAGUGGCUCCGGGCGCGCUGCGGCAAGGCCGGGCCAGCUCCGGGAGCCGCUGCCCCCGGGGAACCUUCCCCUGUCCCGUCCGGAGCAACAGGGGCCCGGGCGGCCGCCAUGGACUCUGGCAGCGAGACCCACGAGCUCAACGGCACGGCGGAGGGCGCGGACUCGGCGGCCGAGGAGCAGCGCAGAAGGUGGCAGUGGUUCCAAAGGAACAGACCCAUCAACAUCAACCACUAUGCCAACAAGAAGAGCGCGGCCGAGAGCAUGCUGGACAUCGCCCUGCUGAUGGCCAACGCCUCCCAGCUCAAAGCUGUCAUGGAGCAAGGGCCCUCCUUUUCCUUCUACGUGCCGCUGAUCAUUCUCAUCAGUCUGUCGCUCACCCUGCAAGUUAUGGUGGGAGUGCUCUUGAUAUUCCUUGUAAAAUAUGACCUUAACAACCCUGCAAAACAUGGAAAGCUGAAUUUCCUCAACAACCUUGCAACUGGACUAGUAUUCAUUAUAGUAGUUGUGAAUAUUUUUAUCACUGCCUUUGGAGUGCAGAAACCAGUUGCUGAGCCAGCAUCAAGACAGUAAGGACCAGGUGAGUGUGGUCUCCUGCAGCAUGAGGUAGCAGAGCACUGCAUCCAGGAAUGCAGGGCACACUGGGGCACCUCAGAAACAGCCACAGGCUGAUCUGUACUGUUGAAGUUCUUGCAGAUACCUGAGCUCGCUUCCCAUUAGUGCAAAAGCAGAAGCUGCUGGGAACUGGUAAGUUAUUGCAAUGUGUUUGUGAAUGUGGAGUUCAAAAGUUGAUGGCAGCACGUGUCACCCAUCGGAAGUGUAGGGAUUGUCCUGGCCUAGCCACUCCUUUUCCUUACUGCUGACGGAGACAAUAAGGGAAAUAAUGUUGUUCUGCUUUCUCCAAAUGCCUGUCCUUUUUUUGAGGAAGGUUUGCAUCCAGUCUGUUACUUAACGCUGGAGACAAUCUGUUUCCAAGUAGCUAGGGCUGUUCAAUCUGACAUGUAACCCUGCACAUGCUGGAGUCUCUGAGUUUCUGGGCUGGUUCCAGAUCGUGUGGCUGCUCUGUCCUUCGCAGGACGGGGCUGUGCUCUGUGGGAGACUCAGCUCACAGAGAUGAGCACUGUCACUUCACAUGUGCCCAUUUAGGGCAAUCUUGGUGCUCUACCUGCACUUGCAGCUUUGUUCUUUACUUAUGCAGAAGGAUAAAUAUAGGGAUUGUGGGGAUCAAAAUGGGUGUCUUCCUAGCUGUGAUGAGCAGUUUGGGAGGACAUAAACCUAAAUUAUAGGCUCAUAAUGCAAGAAGUACCAUGGUCAACAUCUGCCUUUAAAACAGCAGUGCUGAGUCUGUGUGUGCCAGCUUUGCUCUGGCACUCGGUCUCCAGAUGUCAGCCCAGGGUCAGAGACGUGCUGAGGGAGGAAUGGCCGGGCUGGCAGGCCAUGGCUGCGCUCUGUACUACACAGAGAGCCCGUGCAAGUAACAUUACUGCUUUGUGCAAGCUUCUACAAGAAACCCUUGCUCCAUAAAAAUGAAGAUACAAGGCCUUUUAAAUAUUUAUCUGUAGAUGAACGGUGCAACAGAAAUCUGUGACAAAAAUGGGAGUCAAACCAAAAUUUAUCAUCAGUCAAAACAGCAUGAGGAGAAAGCAUUGUAAAAACUUACUAGGAAAAUUAAGAACUACAGUAAUUUAUCUCAGGAUGUGGCUGUAAUUUUCUCCUUUAACAAAAACCUGUGAAAACCUGGCAGUGAAACAAGAUAGUUUUAAUGCACUUUCUGGCCAUAGUUGUGACAAACAGACUAAUGAGUAUUUAAUUUUAACACUGAAGAGCACAUGGAUUAUCUGAGCUAUUACCCAAAAUGCAGGUAGAAUGUUGACUUCAGGAGAACAUGUUAAAGCAGUACUGAAGCAAUAACCCCAAAAUUAACACUGGCAAAACCAAGGGAGCUGCAUGAAGGAUUAUUGGAAUUUUAGCUGCCUUCAUGGGACGAAACACACAAAAUACCUGGGACAGAGGCAGAGACAAGGAUCUGGAAUAGGCAUAAGGAAGCUCAGAACAGAACCAGAAGCUGUGGGCUCCUGCCUCCAUGCUCUCACAUGUGCAGUUUUCUAAUUAAACAGCCAAAUGUGGUGUCCAGAGCCUAUUUUUUGCUGCAAACUUAUUAAAUGUGAAAGUUCUUUAUUGCUUUGGAACAUUACAGCUGUUGUUUGCUCAUUUGUACGCAUUGCCCUUGCUAAAAACAUCUUGUCAUCUAAAUGUAACCUGAGAAAUAAGUGUUUUUCAGUCUGUUGCCAAAGUCUCCUCAAAACCCUGAGAGAAAUGAGUGGCCAUGUUCUGGCUUCACCUUUACUAUUAUGCACCCUUUUCCACAGAAAACUGAAUUGCCCUUUUAAAGUAAAUGUAUCAUUUACUAUAAUUCCUGUAUCACUAAAAUAUCAAUAUCUUUGUGUUUCAGAGACCUGGAGCAUCCAUUUUAGAUGCCAUUUGCAGUUGAGCCAGCUACGCUGUACACAGUGGGGAAAGAAAAAUAAUUUGAAGAAGCUGGACACACCAGGCAGCUUUCUCAAGCUUCCAACACACCUGUAUACCUGAAAUUUUCCCAUGUGUUAAUAUUUAAAUUGUUUGGCAUCUAAGAGAAGGUUAGCUUUUCCCCAAGGAUGCUGUUUUUCUGGAAUAUUGGCAUUUCAAUUUCUGAGGAAACUUUUUUUUUCAGAGAAGUGACAUAAAUUCAGGAAACAAGGAAAUAGCAGCUGGUAGCAUUUCACAGGAUUUUUCUUUUUACAUGCCUUUGGUUUUUGUAGCAAUUUGUCAUUUCACGAUGGUAAGAAAUGUCAGGCCUUUGAUUCUGGAGUGGUCACAUUGUCCUUCAUUUCACAGCUUGGCACCAAGCCCAUGUACUCUGCAGCCCAGCAGGGCUCUGGUUUGCAGUGUGUAAAGGUAGCUCUGCUUUUGCACAGCUUUUUGUUUUGCUUUUUUUUCCACUCUAGCUAAAGGAAAGAUGAGGCAAAAAGAAAUAAGCAGCAUUCUUUUGCCCAGUUUUGUUCACAGGUAAUCAUUUGAAUUGUUUCUUCUGGACAUACUUAAAAUUUCCUGCCCUUCAUGCACAGACACAAAUCACCUAAUUGUUAAUGGUUUCUUGCCAUGUAUUGCUAUUCUGUGUAUUCUGUCCAUUAUAUGUAUUUAUUUGAAUCAUAGAGUAGUUUGCAUUCAAGGCACCUUUGAAGCUCAUCCAGUUCCACCCCUGCCAUGGCAGGGACAGCUCCCACUGUCCCAGGGUGCUCCCAGCCCUGUCCAACCUGGCCUUGGGCACUGCCAGGGAUCCAGGGGCAGCCACAGCUCUCUGGGCACUCAGCACCUUCAUUGUAAAAGGUUCUUUCUUAUAUCAAAUUUCUGGAAACUCUAUUUCAAGUGCCACCUUUUCUAGGCUCUACUGGUAAACUGGAAGAUCCAGGGUGAACUUUACCUGUUAAACUGGUACCAAGUGCCUGUCAGCAGCAACUCAAAUGGCAAAAUGAACUGAGUUUUUCUCUCUAGUUUCCUCUCUCUCCUUCCCAUCAUUGAUUGCUGCAGUUUUCUUCCUUUUAUGAGUUUAUGGCUAAAAGCAAAAUAAAAUUUUAAAUUUUUAUUUUAAAAUAUAUAGAGAGAGUUAUAAGUAUCUUCUAGUCUCUUACCUGCUGGCUCAGGGACUUACACUUUUUCUAAAUACACUAUUGCUAAUAAUAGUGUAGGUUACAAUAAUUUCUUCAACAAAAACAUUUUAGUAAUUUUAUUUCCAAAGUAUCAUACCUACAAUCAGAAAAAUCUAAAUUUUCUAGAUUGCACUUCUAUGUAAAUGUAAGAUGUAGAUUUGUAUGAAUCAAUUUUCUUGGUGUCAAUUUUCAAAAGCUCCUUUGUACAUAAGAAUAGAAGAUUGACUUCAUGUGUCUCAUCUCAUUUACAGGUUUUGUUACUGACCUUUCUCUUUGGUUAUGUCUCAAAGCCCACUGAUGUACCAGACUUUCAUGUAUAUGUUCUGUAAGGAUUACUAACAGAAAACAAAUCAAACUCAUGUGAUUAGUAAUGGAAUAGAUAUUCUUUUUUAUUUUCUAAUUUGUCUUUUGUUGCUUCAUUUCCAUUGUUACAUGUAUUUAGCCAGUAUCCAGCAGGCAGUGGUUUAAUUUUGUGGGUUAUACUAAUGUAAACAUAACUCAGAACAAGUUCUGAAAUAGGCACGCAGGACAACUUCCUUCCUGUAUUUAUUUUUCACAAACCACCAACUGCUGUAGGACUCUUCAUGCCCACUGGCUGUCUGGCAUGGCUGUCACACUUCUGAUGCUGCUUCCCUUGUCUUUUAUUGUGAUUAAGUAAGAUUUGCAAAACAUUCUUAGACAUGAAAUCUGUAUUUUAAGUCUUUGAAGCCUUCAGAGUUCAUGUAUUUUUUAGCAGACAGAAGCAUCUGCAAGUUGCUUUCAAGUAUAAAUAAUUUAAUCACAGGAUUAUUAUUCUUUUAAGGCAGGUGCUGCUUUAAAAUCCAGGCAAAUAUCUCAGAGGGGCAGCAAACAAAUACAUAUGUUUGACUCA